UCUACGACCACUGUCGAUAAUCUCGAUAAAUUGUGGAAAAUUAUUUUUCCCACGGUCAGAAUUAGAAAUUUUGCUAGAGUUCUCAUAAACAUCUGCAAGCCAUAAUCCUAGCUCGCGCUUUCAGGUUUGUUUUGAACGCCAGACUGUUCCCGCGCAUGCGCAAAUCGAAGGAUAUCAGUUACGCGUUGUUAAUGGUGAUACCUGAAGAGGGCUGAGAGUAUCAGAGACGCAAAUGGAGACAGGGCUAAUCGGUUGAUAACGUCAUUUGAGGCAAGGAAGGAGGGAUUCCUCCUUAAGUUGCCUUAAACUCGAUGAGCAGUGGAGUUGGUUUGAAGGAGAAAGAACACGUCCGAGUCGAGGGGAUAUGCCAAAAUCCUUCCUUGUGAAAAAACCCUCUCGCACCAAGAGGAAGCUAGCCGAGGAGAUACACCAGGAAAGAUUUCUCUUUUGUCUGUCAGAAAAUGAAGUGUUAUCCGACAUUGCCGAGGAAGGAGAGAAAGAGACAAAUCCAGGCCCAGCAGGCACCGGCGAUGUGGCCAUUCAGUGUAAUCUGGAAGCCAACGCAAACUCUCACGCUCCACGCACCAAUCAUGGGAGGAAUCAGCCGAUGCCUUUUACCGCGCUUGACACGCGCGGAUUACACACGCUUGCGGAGCUGUGCUUACGGCGGGCGGAUUACGAGUUUUGUACCCAGAACGUUACUGUAGACCACGGGAAGACCAAUGAUGGUGACAUGCGUGAGACGGAACUGAGUAAAAGUGAGACUUUUAAGGAUCCUCGUAAAGUGCAUGACGCGAAGUUUAAACGGCGUGAAAGCGACAGUUUAACAAGUUUAAAAAGAGAACAGGUCAAUGUUGAAGAAAAUGAAACAGCCGAGGAAAAGUGCGAAGAUCUAAAGGAGAGAAAAAGCAAAGCUAUGAGACGGUCCAUGAAUCCCGUGAAUGAAAACAAAUCAACGAGACUUCAUAAACUCGAGGAGGAGCUAGAAAAGAUGUUACAGGGAAAAGAAGAAAUCACUGGGCGAGAAAUCAGAGAUUUUAUGGAAAACAACAAAGCUCUGGAAAAAGAAUUGAUUGAGGAGACUGGCGUGUCUCAGAUAGAGAUCACAAAAUACAUGCAAGAAAGCGUUCACCUGAAAGAAGACAAACGGACAAAAUUGUUCAGGUGGUACCUUGAGAAAAAGCUUAGCAGAAUGGAAUCAGAUGACGAGAGUUAUACGUGCUAUAAAUGCGGUAAGAUCUUUGCAUACGAGAGUUAUCUGGAGCGCCAUGUUAAGUACGUUUGUCCUGACAAGACUGGUCGCACAUGGAAGUGUUCCUACUGCAGUAAAGCAUUUCAGUACCCUUGUUAUCUGAGGAGGCAUAUGAGAUCACACACAGGCGAGAGUCCUUACAAGUGCACGCAGUGUUCGCGAGCAUUUGUUCGUUCUACAGACCUUCAAAGACAUUUGCGAAAUCACACCGGUGAAAAGCCCUAUAAAUGCCAAGAGUGCUCGAGAGCAUUCGCACGCUCCACGGAUCUAAAGCGACACAUGCGCACUCACACAGGAGAGAAACCCUACAAAUGCUGGCAAUGUUCCAAAGCGUUCUCUCAGUCUGGAAGUUUGCAGACUCAUUUACACACGCAUUAUAAAGAGUCUUUGCAAAUGAAGGGAGUCAUACCAGACAAAACAAAAAGAACUUAACAACUGACGCAGGAGCUCCAACAUUACGACAAAAGGCGUUGCGAUUUUGUUGGCGGGAGCGGAAAUUAGAGUGUUGGCAAGCAUAACAACAUCAGUUGCAUAAGACCAAAAUAUCAGACUUGUCGGGCAACAAGCGUGAUAUUACCCAAUAAGUGCGCUUCUUCAUUUGAAGGAUCCAUGUUGAAGCUAUCGAUAUAUUUUCUCUCCAUCAGAAAGAUAAAUUUUUUUUUCACUUCGUCUGAGUCACAUUUUGCGAACGAAUACAUGCUUGCUGAAUCGCUUCUGGAAGCCAAUCCAAGUGUCUUCAAGUUUGAUAAAGAUUUUCUUGUGUUUUAAACGCUGGACGAGCUUUACCUGAAACCGAAACUGCCGACUUUAAACCGUAUUUGGUUUUACAGAGGUUCACACUCCCAAAUAGAUCAUUGCACAUCAUCAACGAUGCAUUUGUGCUCUAAUAAGCAAAGAUUCAACACUUGGUAAAUUCAAUUUUCUGCAAGAAAUUUAGUGCCACCACAAAGCAUUAUAGGGCUGGGCUUAAAUGGCAAGGAUGACGUUACACCGAAAUUUGGGGAUUUUUGGGAUUUAUUGCAGAGGAAAUUACUCUCGGGUAAUUUCUGUUUCUAUUUGCUUUUUUUACGUUGCUUUUUUACUCGUUACAUCGCCCAAGAUGGACGCUAAUAACACAGAAAAACAUAAGGCUUAAAGAGAAAAGAAAAGAAAAGAAAAGCACAUGUAUAUUUUCGGAAACUUUUGCUAGGAUAAAAUAUUUAGUUUUGUGUAUACUUUUGCUCGGGAAAACUAUUUUUAUUUUCUUUGCUUAACUUUUUGAGAAAGUAGAGGAUCUACUUGCAUAGCUCUCGAAAAGGCUUUUACCAAAAUUUAUAGUGUUGAUCCGAUAUUUGUCACACGGAGUAUGCAAUGUAAAAGGAACAUCAACAACAGCUUCGCAUAAACAUCCAUCAUCACAUUCGGUAGAGAAAAUGGACAACACAUCAUAAAUACAGGUCACAGAUAGUUAAGCCACAGUCUUCAAGAUGGUUGUAAAAGAACGAAAGCUAGGCUGUUUGGAAAUGAAACACUCAAAAGAUCUCUUUACACGACCAUAGAAUUCCGACAUGAUCAUUAUCACUUGACUCGUUGCAUUGGCAAUUUUUUCAACAGCCACCCGAAAUCCCCGAUUUUGCCAGUCGCACCCUUGAAGAAACGUGAUUUGGUGUAUAGGUUUUACCAGAGACUUUCCAUAUGAAUAUACAUCCAAAAUUCUCGCCAGCUUUCUUUGGGACGCCCUUUCAGUUUGCACAGUUAAGGCAAGUUAGGGAUCAAUUUCGUUCUCUGAGAAACCGCACACCCCUCCCCUAAGGUUGGGUUAAUGUUGGGCAGGGGAGGGGAAGGGUAGGUGCGCAGUUGCUCAGUACUGACGAAGCUUCAGUCCUACAUUUUACUUAUUGUCUGUUUUCCUCUAUUCGUUUCUAUUCACAUGAAGGAUUAUGUGCGAAAUUCUUUCUUUGCAGCAAAGUCCCAAAUAAUUUUGUCGACUGUUGUAGAUAGCUUCACUACCUUUAGGCCAUUUCCAAAUUACCUUUGACCUCUUUUUCAAAACGAGUCCUGGUGCUCAACCAUUCUUGUGAAAAUGAGUUUAAUUUGCAUGUGAAUGAUAACUUAUAAUGAUUUGAAAGAAUGAGCACCAGGACUCGUUUUGAAAAAGAGGCUAUAGGUAAUUCGGAAUUGGGCUAUUCAAUUGAUUUAUUUUGUAACUUCCCUGUAUAUAUGUUCCGAGAAAGAAAUCACUUUCUUUCUCGUAUCAUAAUCUCUUUAAUUGAGUUAUACUUUUGCUAUACAGCUUUUAUCAAUAGCUGAUGUAUAUAGAGUACUGUAGGUUAUUCAAGCUUCAAUUUUAAUGUUCUGUGAUUGUCGAUUUUAAUUCUAGUUUUCAAUUUAUAAUCAUAAUAAUCAAUGUCUUCUUAUUUUUAACGGUAAAAAUAAGACAAUAUUUGUUAGUCCUUAUGGAAGUGUCAAGUUUGUUACUGCCUUCUUUGACAAAGCCAAUUAAUUUUUGCGAUCAGUUUGAUUUCUGUCGUAUUAAAUAAAGCUGGCUACUUUACAAAAUUUUUUUUCAAUGAAAAUUGAUUCCAAACAUAUUUUUUUCAAAAGUAAAUAUCCCAGCAGUUUACUUCUCUUUUUCAUUAAAAGAAAAGACUGUUUUACCCAUUUACCCAUGUUUCUGUCUACCCUUUUACUAUUUAAUAUUGUAAACGUUUAUCAUCAUAUAUAGCAGAUAUUAGCUUCUAAGAUAAUAAUUUCAAUAUCCUACGCAAUCUAGUUUCCAGGGUCUCUAUUCUUUCCUCCCGCAGAACCACGCGGGCAUGUAGAAGGGAGACAUGGAAACAAAGUUGUAUUCCGGAUUUCACCAGGGUACAGUGUACGUAUGUUCAUUAAAAAAAUUAUUUUAAGACGAGCUGGUCUCAAUUUCAUUCAA